UCGCUUUUAUUAACUGAGAGAGGCACGGCUCAUGCCACUCUCACUGUCCUGCAAUACGAGCUUCAACAACGAGCGCCGACAGCGAGCUCCACAGUUUCUGUAAAAGCUGUUGUUGCAGAGCUGAAAGUUCCCUGGAUUCCCUAAAACGGACUUUAGAUAAACAUUGAAAGCUGGACUUCAAAGGAAGAAACACAGAGAUGGACGGCCUGAAACCGAAUGCCCAUCAGAAACCAAACCUUCCACCAAAACCAAGCCUUCAGUCACUGCAGGGGCCAAACUCCACCCGCCGGCCCGCCGCUCUGGACAGGGUCAUCAGGAGGAUCGAGCCAGGAACGGUCAAGCAGAGGGCGCUCAGCCUGAAUGCCAAGCAGGACGGCGGGUGGGAGGGGCUAAAUAUAAACGGGAAAACUCCUUCAGUCCCUAAAGUGGAGUUCCAGCGGUCCACAGGAAUGGUCAGAGAACAGAUCCAGAAACUGGCCCUGUCCAGAGAGAAAGACGAGGACAAACAGAAGAACGGACUGACAGAACCGAAGGAGGAAAGGAAGACAUGGGUGAAGGACAAGACGGCUGACCGCAUACAAGACGGACGAUCAGAGCCUGAUGGGAGUGAGAUGGAGGACAGUGGGGGCGUCGCCAGACUAGAGGAGGAGGGUUCAACCACACCACCCUGCCCCCUGCAGGAGAAACACUGUCACUGCAUCUGCCACCUGCAGCGGCCUGGAAUGAAGCUGGUGUGGGUUCCACUGCAAAUGGAGAAGAUCGACACAACGUGGGUGGACAACCAAAGAAGUCAGACGAGUAAUGAGUCACUAAACAGGGAAGGCAAGAGCAUCAAAGGGGAGACGGACGGUAGACGAGGAGAGACGGCCACGUACCAGACUCCUCCCUCCAGACACACAGCCUCUGUGAAAUCUCCCACAAUGCCUCAGUGCAUUAACUGCCAGAGCUUUCUGCUCCACCACAGCCCUCAGAAGCUUGCGGAGAGCGAGUGCAUAUACGAAAGCAUGGAAGUGUUAAUCCAUCGGCCGGCUGCGGCAGUGACCCCCCCAUCUGCCCCGCAGGAGCAACAAACUGACUGUCCCCCCAAGGAGGAGCCUGUCUACCUCGAGGUCCUGCCUUCUGAUGAGAACACGCCCAAACCCCCGACUCCGCCCCCCAGACCCACUCCUCCACCACGCACACGGUCCGCCAAGCAUAACCUCCAGAAAGACAGACGGGCCACCCAGCCUGUUCUGGCCUACAUGCUGUCCCCUAGAGGAGGCCGUCCACCAAUCAGAUCGCCCAGCACCUGUGAAAGAGGAAGUGGAGUCCCGUCUACCAGAAAGCCAAAGUUAGAGGGAAAAAUAAGUGAGGAGAAAGAUUCAGAGGCAGCAGAAGAACCAGAUGAUCAACAUAAUGAAAGCCCGAGGAGGAUCUCCAGUGAUUGGGUGCCGAACAGUGAUUACGAGCCGCUGUAUCAGAUGUACCAGCGUAAGGUCUGCGAGACUGAGUGCCAGCUGCAGGGCGACAGCCCCUCGGCCCACCGCAGGAGCACGAGCGACAGUUCGGGGCUGCAGGGGUCCGGGACUUCAGGGGGCUGGAAGAGGGCAGAGCUUAGAGAGGUCAAACUGUGGCAGGACCUUUCUGUUGUGAAGGAGAGCGGAAUACUGCAGACACUGAGCUACACGGAGAAACAGAGACAGGAGUGUAUGUUCGAGGUGCUGACGUCGGAGGCGUCGUACCUGCGCUCGCUCAGGGUCCUCAAAGACCACUUCCUGGGGUCUCGAGAGCUGGACGACACGCUGGUCAUCCACGACAGGAAGUCGCUCUUCUCCAAUGUCCUGCAGGUGUAUGAGGUCAGCGAGAGGUUUAUGCAGGAUCUGCUGGACAGAGUGGACGAGAGUGUGGUCAUCUCUGACGUGUGUGACAUCAUCCACCGGCAUGCGAAGGAGCACUUCUCUGUGUAUAUCGACUACGUCAGGAACCAAGUCUAUCAGGAGAAGACCCACAGCAGGCUGAUGCAGUGUAACCGAGCGUUCUGUACGGUUAUGCAUCGUCUGGAAGAAUCUCCGCUCUGCAGGCGCCUCCCGUUCAGCUCCUUCAUGCUGCUGCCCUUCCAGCGAAUCACUCGCAUCAAGAUACUUAUACAGAGUAUUCUGAAACGGACAGCUGAGGGCUCAGCGGAGGAGUCGUCAGCCUCCAGAGCUUUAGCUGUUGUCUCUGAGAUCAUUCAGGAGGCGAACACUCAGGUUGGCCAGAUGAAGCAGAUGGAGGAGCUGAUGCACAUUGCCAACAUCCUGGAGUUUGACAAGCUAAAGGCCAUCCCGCUGGUGUCCAAGACUCGGUGGCUGGAGAAGCAGGGCGAGCUGCAGGAGUUCAGUAAGGUGGGCUCGCUCUUCGGCCGCUUUCGGUUCAGCCCUGUCUACGUCUUCCUCUUCAAUGACCUCCUCAUCCUCACCGCCAGGAAGAGUGUGAGUCCAGAGCGGUUUGUGGUUCUGGACCAUGCCCACCGCUCCCUGGUGCAGGUCCAGCCUGUAGACAUUUCUGACCCACAGCUGGACCAUGCCUUCUGCCUCACCCUGCUGGAGAACCACCAGGGAAACACCUGCGAGCGCCUGCUGAAGGCCAACACUGAGUCUGACCUGCACAGGUGGACGGCCGCAUUCCCCUCCGUCUCUGCUCAGCAGGAAAAGCAGGAGAAGGUGUAUGAGGACUGGGACUGCCCUCAGGUCCAGUGUAUCCGUCAGUACAGCGCAAAGCAGGUGGAUGAGCUCAGCUUAGAGUGCUGUGACAUCAUCAACAUCAUCCGUAAAACUAACGAGGGUUGGUAUGAGGGACUGCGACUGUCGGACCGAGCGAGAGGUUGGUUCCCUCAGGACUCAGUGACUGAGGUGACCAAUGAACACCAGAGGCGCCGAAACCUGAGGGAGCAGUACCGGAUCGCCAUGGCAACACAGACGGCCAAUCACAGAGCAGAAGUGUAACACACCGGCCGAUCAGAGCAAUUAGAACUGUUAACGUUCAGUUAAUGGAAAAAACAAUGUUGAAUCUAAUGAAAGCAGAUGAGAAUGUAAAUGAGGAAGAUUUAAAUAAACAGAGCUGCUGAUCGGGGGUGUCUGA